UGGAGAACUGCAAUCACUUCCAUACAAACAAAUCCUUCCGUAGAGUGAGGAGAAAAUAUGGAGCAUCGCUUUGACAGGGCACCGGCGGUGCUGUCACCGCUGGAGGAGUCCAGUGCGGAGGUGAGCAGGGACAGCGGUAUAGUGUCACAGAGCGCAAGCAGCUUGUCUAUGGUAAGCGAGGCCCUGAGCAGCGGUACAGUGUCUCAGAGCCCGAGCUUCGGUGCUGCUGUGGCCCAGAGCCCGAGCUCAGCCGCGGGGGAAGCCCGGGAUCAGAGCGAGCAGGGUCAGCCGCAGGACGACGAGUUGCUGAGACACACGGCGAUCGCGUACUCUACUUAUAUCCGAGCCAAUGCUGAAGAAGAGGUGAUGUGUUUAGAGAAAAGUCUGGAGGAAAUGCUUACAAGAGUUGACGAGUUUGUUGGGAUGCUUGAUAUGAUUCGAAAUGACACCUCUCAGAUUGUAAAUGAGAACCUACCACAGAUUCAAAGAAAAUCUGAAGAGAUGAGAGAGAUUUACAGAAAAAUCGACAAAUUGGAGGCCUUUGUCAAAAUGGUUGGAGCCAACGUUAGUGUGAUGGAGGAACAAGUAACUGAAGUCGAAGGUGAAGUCGGAACCCUACCAGGUGCCUUCAAAAAGAUGUUUCGCACAAUGACUGUCCCAGGAUUUUUAAAUAAACCUGCAAGCCCAAGAAGGCAAUCACAAAGGCAUCAAGACCUUGCCAGUGUAUUUAGGACAGACGAAUAUUUUAAACCUCAGCCUGAGCAGUAAAAGAGAGACUCUUGUAUGGAUUUCAUUAAGUAUUUACCAAGACCAGAGUUCUUCAACAUCAGCAGUGCUGCCUGCUCUCAGACGCACCUACCUGGGAUUAGUAACACAACAUUUCACAGUCUCUUGAAAUGAAUCCUGAUCAAAGCCAAGUGUUAUUUUAGUAGACCAUCUAAUGGCAGCUAGUUUUAUAACCUACGGAAGCUUUGGUUUUAAAUAACUUUAUUUCUUUUUUUCAAAGUGCCUCCAAUGAGUCUGACGCUGUUUCUUAAAUGAGAAAGCAUGCUUGCAAAAUGUCAGAACAUUAGUUCAAAUGUUUCUAUGAUUUUUAUCAAACGUGUACAUAGAUUUACAACUUACUACACAUUUGCCCCUAUUCCUUUCUUCCAAUGCUUGAUAUCCUUUUGCACUAUAUUCACUUUUGUUUUAAUGAUGUUUUUGUCUUGUUAAGGUCUUAUAUCAGUGUCUGGACACAUGUUGACAUUGGAUAUUUAAUUCUUCAUGUAACCAGUGAAAAUAACUCUGGGUUACUCCGGGUUAUCAUGUAGCAUUGAGUGGCACACUUCUUAUCAAACAAUAUCAUCAAUUUUGUCUUGAAUCAUUUGCUGUUAUAUUUAAUGUCCAUAAACAACUGUAUGCUUGAUUACAUUUGUGACUAAUGAUUGUCAGUUUGUAUUAAAUUUUCAAAUUGACGGACUGCUUGGUUGAACUGAAACUGCUUACUGUAGCUUUCAAUUAUGUAUUAGAGCAAUGUUUGUCCAGUUAAGAUGAACUUCAAGCCUUCAAUGUCAAAGCACACAAACAUUAUCUGAUUUGGGUUGAGCGUCAUGCUUCUCUUGAAAUAUAAUAUUAUGAUAUCAUG